GCCAUGAAGAGGUGCGUUUAUCGAACCCUGUUUGCCUCUCUGGCCUCAAUGGUUGUCAAUCCGAAAGGCAUUGGAUUUGAACUACGAGAUAUACGCAAUUUUUUUUUCCCUCUCCAACGCUAAAUUACCCUGAAAAGCACGCAAACUAAAAAUUCAAUGGCAGUUCCACAUAAAAAGCUUUAACAUGUUGUCAUACAAAGUUCUUCGGUCCCUUGGACCAGCAGAGCAUAUAACUAUCAAUAGGCCGAACGCUGGAUAUCGUUUUCCUCUUUUCCUCCCAUAUUCCUUUUAAUUUUGUUGUUCUUCUUAUUUUAAUUUUUUGAUUCACCUCGUCCUCGUCGCAAACCAUACACACAUCUAAUGCAUCAGUUUCGACGGCUCUAUAAAAGAAUUUUGCGUAUUGCCAAUGGAACCCACAAAGUCAAUCGUUAUCAUCGGCGCUUCAUGGGCCGGGGUUAAAACAGCGCACGCCAUCCUGAAAAGCAUUCCAGAUGUGAGGGUCAUCCUAGUAAACCCUUCGUCAAAGCAUUUCUUCAACAUCGCUGCUCCCCGCAUCCUAGCAAAACCAGAAGCAUUCAACCCGGAUCAGUAUAUUCACUCCAUUCCGGAAUUAUUCCAGGAGUACGAUACGAAACUCGUCUCGUUUGUCCAGGGAGCCGCAAGAUCAAUAGACGUGGAUGGGAAAACUGUCACCGUCGCUGCCACAGGAUCUGAAGACAUGGAACCUGAAGACUUGGUCAUCUCCUUCGAUUAUCUUGUUAUAGCUUCUGGAAGUACUACUUCCGCAACUAUGGGCCAAGACAGCAUUCUUGCACCCUUUAAAACAACCGGGUCAGAUGAUAUCCAAUCCACCAUUGAGCAAACGCAGAAGACUAUAGCAGAAGCCAAAUCCAUAAUCAUUGGAGGAGCUGGUGCUGCUGGUGUUGAAUUUACCGGAGAGCUGGGGGAAGCAUUCCAAGACAAAAAGGACAAAUCUAUCACCCUUUUAACACAGACAGAUCGAAUUCUACCUGACCUGAAACCUGCAGUCAGCAGGAAAGCAAAUGAUAUCCUAUCCAACCUAGGUGUCAACGUUCGUACAUCCGCCAUUGUCACCAGCGCUUCGCAAGAUUCCUCCUCCAAAAAAUGGGCUAUAACAUUGGGCAGCGGCGAGACACUCACCGCGGACGCAUACAUCGCAACUACAGGCGUCAUUCCAAAUAGCGACUUCGUUCCCACAGACCUAAAAACAGGCGAGGGGUGGGUUCCGGUUGAUGCCGAAUUCCGCGUCCAGAAGAAAGACGGGAAACAUGGUGAGAAAUUGCCCAUUUACGCGGUUGGUGACAUUACUACUCAUACGCCUCGCAUGUUGUUGACAAUUGCCGGACAAGUCCCUAUUCUAGUCGGCAAUCUCAAAGCAGACAUUGAGAAAUCAGAAGGGAAGAGGCCCCAGUAUUCAACGAGUGACAAAGUCCUCAUGCUCGUGCCAAUUGGCGCGCGGACGGGGACGGGCCAGCUUUGGUUCUUUGUUGUAUGGGGAUGGCUUGUCGCGCUCCUGAAAGGAAGGGAUUAUUUCCUCUCUAGGGCUAACGCUGAACUGAGGAGUUGAUAGGGGAUUGUCUCUGUCUUUUCCCCAACCCCGGCCUUCAUAAUAUGCAUGCAAUCCCCUUUCGACCUCUUCCGGUUCCAUCAACAAUGGCAGUUUAUUAUAUUCCUUUAUUAUGUGGUGGUUGUGUCGCCGGACUGGCUUUGUUCGCUUCUUGUAACUCAAUAGAUACUAUUCCCUUUGUUCAAUCACCGCCUUGUGCCCUUGUUAUCUUUUAAUAUCAUUAUUAUACAUAAUGCAAAAGACAUACUCUAUAUUGGUUCUUUUUAGCGGACCUCUUAACCCCAUUGACUCCAAAGAAAGAAAAUGGUACCCAUUCCGGAAAUAGGGGAGUUAACAUCCGCGGUCAUCCUUACAGUCUCUACUAAAUAUAGACCAGUGUUCAACUAAUCUUAACUUUUUUCUCUCUUGAUUAUUGCCAUAAUCUUAGUUAAAGAGAGUAUUACACAGAUAGCUGCUGAAAAGUCUAGUAUUAGAGAUCUUCAAUAUCUAUCAUAAGAUAAAUGGAUAAAUGUCAAGAAUG